AAUGUCGCCAUAGUAUGAUUCGCAAUAUCAUACACUAGACAAGGCAAGCUAACUGUUCCUCUGAAGGAGCGGUUUCCUUAACAGUAUUUCAUGCUUUUAUCACAAGAAAAGGUCCUCGUUUAAGUCAUGGCUUUAUUUGUUUUUAAUUCGGCGUCAAAGAUGGUUUCGUCUCCGUUAGUAAUAGUACGUUUUCUUCUCAUCUGCGUCACUUUGCUUUGCAACAGUCUGGCCGAGGCUACAAUGAAUCCCACUCCGAAUAUUGUUUUAAUCUUGACCGAUGAUCUGGAUGUCUCCAUUGGCGGAAUGAUGCCUUUAGUGAAGACUAAAAAGCUGAUAGGUGAUGCUGGGAUAACCUUUACAAACACGUUUGUCGCCAGUCCCCUUUGCUGUCCCAGCCGGGCGAGUAUCCUGACGGGCAAAUACCCUCAUAACCAUCAUGUGGUGAACAACACGCUGGAGGGGAACUGCAGCAGCACUGCAUGGCAGAAGACCCAAGAGCCCGAGACUUUCUCUGCCUUCCUUCAGAAACACGGCACCUAUCAGACCUUCUUUGCUGGGAAGUAUCUGAACGAGUACGGCAGUAAAAAAGCAGGAGGAGUGGAGCAUGUCCCUCCGGGAUGGGAUCACUGGUUCGCCUUGGAGAGAAACUCCAAAUACUACAACUACACACUGUCUGUGAAUGGCAGGGCGCAGCGGCAUGGACAGAACUACAGCGAGGAUUACCUUACAGAUGUUCUGGCCAAUAUUUCCAUUGACUUCCUGGAAAACAAGUCUAACCGCAGGCCUUUCUUCAUGAUGGUGUCCACACCGGCCCCGCACUCACCCUGGACAGCCGCUCCUCAGUACGAGAGCAGUUUUCCCAAUGUUAAAGCACCAAGAGACCCUAACUUUAACAUACACGGCAAGGACAAGCACUGGCUCAUCAGACAAGCAAAAACACCCAUGACAAACUCUUCAGUGGAGUUCUUGGAUAACGCCUAUAGAAAACGGUGGCGCACUUUACUAUCAGUAGACGACCUGGUGGAGAAGGUGGUGAGAAAGCUGGAGGUCAGAGGAGAGCUUAGCAACACCUACAUCAUUUUCACCUCCGACAAUGGAUACCACACCGGCCAGUUUUCUCUUCCGAUGGACAAGAGGCAACUCUAUGAAUUUGAUAUCCGAGUUCCUCUUCUGGUGCGAGGGCCUAAUAUCAAACCCAAACAGACAAGCCCG